AACGCACUCAAAUUCAUUUUUACAGAUAAUCCUAAAUAAGCUAAAUUCGUAGAUCCUAUUUUCCUUUAAUUUAGGACCCUAAUUUAAGCCUUGUUUCCGUUGCAUUGUUUUUAUCUUUAAGCUGGUCGAUUCUCCAGCCUUAUUUCUGCCUCAGUGUUUUACACAUUUGCCCUGAUACCCUUUUUCCGUUCAGCAUUUUUUAUUCGUGGCUCUGCACAACUCUUUCUUUAUUCGGAAUAGCAUUAAGCACAUGAAGAAGAAGGGAAGGGCAACAAUGGAGGCCGUAGAAAGAUCCCAUCCGCACCAAAGCAGAAGUUCCUCCGGCGGUGCGGGUGACUUCUUCAUCUGCUUCAGUGCCAGACCUUCUUCUUCAUCACUCACUUCCACUAUCUCUACCACCAAACGCGUUCCCUCCACAAAAGCCCUCAUGAGCCCCGGCCGCGGCCGCGACCCAUCGUCAGCGCCGGCGCUCUCCGCUUCUCUCAGCCGCCGCCUCCGCAGUAGCGGCAGCGUUAAGGGCGGCCAGUCCCCGAUGUUUCCCUCCGGCGUUCCACUCGCCGGAAGGAAAAAAGGUUGCUCCUUUGAAGCCGCCGAGCCUUCCUCACCCAAAGUUACCUGCAUCGGGCAGGUUCGCGUCAAGGCUAAGAAGAAGGUGAAAUCGACAAAAAUGGCGAGGUCAAGGUCGCAGAGAGCAAGGGAGUGCUGCCCUGGGAGGAAUCAAAGUUGGGUUCAUCAGCUUCCGCUGAGCAUCUGCGAGGCAUUGAGGGGUAUUGGUUCGGAGUUCAGCUGUUUUGUUCCUUGCGGUGGUAGAGCAGCGAAGGAGAAGGGGGUAGCUGAGACGAGGAUGGUGAAGUCGGCGAGCUCGAGUUCAUGUGGAGCGGUAAUGGCUAAGUGGUUGUUGGCGGUUCAGGAGAACGAAGAGGAUGUGAAGAGAGGGGAGACAGUGGAGGUUGGGUUUUUGGUAAGGGAGAGGGAGGAGAAGGUGGAUAUUGAGGAAGUGGGAAACAUGGGAGGGGAUAAAGGAGAUAUUUUGGUUUUGGGUGACAAUGGAGAAGGUGGAGAGGAGGCGGCUGCGGCCAGAGUGAGUGUCUGUAUUCCUCCGAGAAAUGCUUUGCUAUUGAUGAGGUGUAGGUCGGAUCCAGUAAAAAUGGCAGCUUUGGCUAACAGGUUCUGGGGAUCUCCCGUUACUAAGCCUCUAUGUGAAGAAGCGCAGGUAGAGGAAGAGAAAAUAGAAGUGGAUGAAGAGAUAGAAAAGCAUGAUAGCAAGCAUAAAAUAGAAGAAGAUGGUGAAAAGCCGUUGCUGGAUCAGGAAAAAGGAGAUGCUGUUAAAUUUUCUGGAGUACCGGCUGAAGCAGUUGGCUGUAAAAAGACUACAGAAGAAGAAAACAGAGUAAUAGACGAAGAACAGCAGCUGAUAGAAGAAACCUGUAUCGCAGGAGAGAAAGAGCUUUCAUGUGGAUCUGCUGUCUUGCAGUUAAAACCCUCGGAAGAUGAAGCAAAAGGAGUGCAAAAUCAAGAGAAGAAAUCGGUAGGAAACAAAUCUCUUGGUUUGACGGAGAGGAAAGAAGAGAAAGCAGAGGGAAUAACAAGAGUCAUGGAAGAAAGAAGAUUCGGUACAGCCAUAUCUUCCAGAUCUAAGGAGAGAGGAAGGAGGCGCGGGAAGGAGAAGGAUACCAAACGGCAUAGCUUCUCCUCUGAACUCGACGCAAGGAGGCACAGUUUCUCGUCAGAAAGAGAAACAAAGAGAGCAAGCUUCUCCUUUGACAGAGGGAGGAGAUGGAGCUUCUCCUUAGAAAAAGCGGACUUGGAGCCAAACGAUCAUAUACAAUCUCUAGCAUUCUCGGCUAAAGAAGCUUAUCCGGAAGAAAAAGAAGUAACACCAGAAGAAGUGAGGGAAACCGCUGGAGAAGCAGAGAGUGACGAGCUAGUGACUGCUGAGGAAAAACAUGAAGCAGAAGAAGAGAAGAAGGGCGAAGUGGCCGAAUGCACGGAGCUUCCCGACUGCCUAUUGAUGAUGAUGUACGAGCCUAAGCUCUCCAUGGAGGUCUCCAAAGAGACCUGGGUCUGCGGUAACGACUUCCUCCGGUGGCGCCCUCAAAAUCCCCGCAACCGGAUGCCUGCGAAGCCCCCCACCGUCGACGACAACAAUGCCGCGCCACCACCGCCGGAAAAUGAGGCUCCCGAAGUCGCGGCGACGGUGGUUUUGGUGGCUCCGUUGCCGGAUCCCGUGAAAUCUCCGGCGGUGCAGCAUAAGCUGUCGGCUCGUCAGGCGGCGGUGGCGCCGUACGAACCGUUGGUGCUGACCAGGUGCAAGUCGGAGCCGGUGAGGUCGUCCGCGAGGCUUGCACCUGAUGCUUGCUUCUGGAAAGAGCGUCAUCGGCCCAUCGGAGCCGCCGGAAUCGGGUUCUGAGGCGGCGAGCGGCCGCCGUCCAUGGGUUCUUUUUCUGUAAUUUGUGGAGUUGUAACCGUAAGUUGUUUUUGUUCGUUUGUUUUAGCGUUGGCGUUUUAGCGUUUGCGGUUUAGAACUUGGUAUACUUUCUUUUACUGAUUUUUACUGUUUGUGAACGGGUGGGGGUUGUAUAAUAAUUAGAACAAAUAAUUCAAA